ACACAUUUGCACCACAAAUACAAAACCCCAGAAUAAGAGUAGCUUCUUUUUUUAAUUAAUAUAAAAAAGGUUAAAGCUAUGUGUUAACUUUCUCCAUUUUUCUCUUCUUUCUCUCUUUUUAAAGGCAAAAAAAAAAAAAAACUGAGAGUUUUGUAACUCUUAAAUCAUUAACUAUUAUUAUUUGAGAAAGAAAAAGAAGAAGAGAAAAAUAGUUAGUAAGAAAGUAAGAGUAGAUAUAUAGUUGAAGAAAUUAAAAUCAUGGGGUGUUUUCCUUGUUCUGGAGAUGGAGAUACAUCAGUGAAGAAACCAGAGAAAAAAAUAUUUCAAACUAUUAGUAAUCAUAAAUACAAAAGGGUUGAACAGCCACAGCCUAAACAAGUAGUUACGCCGGUGGCUAGUCAAUUUAAAGUUGUGAAGAAUGAAGACGCUAAAGUUGCAAACCGAUCUAUGUCUAAGAAAGAUGGGGGUUAUAGUAACAUCUCUCCCACAGAUGGAAAAACAGGUGGUGCUAAGGCGCAGAGGUUUAAAUUCGAUCAACUAAUAGCUGCAACAGAAGAUUUCAAGGAAGAUUACUUCUUGGGAGAAGGAGGUUUUGGCAAAGUAUAUAAAGGUCAUUUGGAGGAUACUGGUGAGAUUGUCGCCAUCAAACAACUCGAUCCAAAUGGAUGUCAAGGAGUUAGGGAGUUUGUUGUUGAAGUACAGACUCUAAGUAAAGCUGACCAUGCUAAUCUUGUUAAACUAAUUGGUUGUUGUGCUGAGGGAGAUCAGAGGCUAUUAGUCUAUGAGUAUAUGUCUCUUGGUUCGUUGGAAGACCAUUUGUUUGACCCCUGGCCAAAUCAAAAACCUCUUGAUUGGAACGUUAGAAUGAAGAUAGCUGCAGGUGCCGCAAGGGGCCUGGAAUAUUUACAUGAUAAGAUGAAUCCUCCUAUUAUUUACCGUGAUCUGAAAUGCUCCAAUAUUCUACUUGGUGAGGGGUUCCACCCCAAGUUAUCUGAUUUUGGCUUGGCUAAAGUAGGUCCUAGUGGGGACAAGACCCAUGUUUCCACCAGAGUGAUGGGCACAUAUGGAUACUGUGCACCAGAUUAUGCUAUGACUGGCCAACUGACAUUCAAGUCAGAUAUCUACAGCUUUGGGGUUGUUCUUCUGGAGAUAAUCACAGGCAGGAGAGCGAUUGACUAUACAAAAUCUGCCACGGAGCAAAACCUGGUUUCUUGGGCAAGACCAUUAUUCAAAGACAGGAAGAAAUUCUACAAAAUGGCAGAUCCAGCACUUGAUGGUCACUAUCCAAUAAGGAGCUUAUACCAAGCUCUUGCAAUUGCUGCAAUGUGUGUCCAGGAGCAACCUAAUAUGCGUCCUCCAAUUGUUGAUAUCGUCACUGCUUUGAGCUACCUUGCCUCCUUAAAGUAUGACCCUGAAAUCGAGCCUCCUAUCCGGAAGUCAUACAAAAGUCAAUCUCCUCAGAAAUCUAUAAAAGACGAUGAUGAAACCUGGUAAUGUGGUGAAUGGAAACGAUACAACAAAGCUUUGAGAACUCAAAUAAGAACUGAAAAAUACACAAACACAAGUGGUUGUCUACUUUUUUGUGUCACAUAUGUACAUUACAGAUGCAGCUUUAAAAUCAUAGAUUGGAAGUAAUAAAAAUAAAAAAGAAACAAUGCCUCCUUCGCAUAUCUGGUGCAAAUGCAAGCUCCAGCGCCAUAGCAUAUAUAAUAUGUAAAAGCUCUAUGCUUCUAUGAUAUACUGAGAAAAAGUAAUCACUGUUAGCAUUAAAGCCAAUAUACAUAUAUUUCCUACUA